AUGGGUGCAGUGCUCUCCAGGGAUUUGGGCGAGGGGCCAGCUGCCCGCGCCGGUCGUCGGCUUCGGCGGUUGUGGAAUACUGGGUACUGGUUAAGUUCAAAUAUUGCGUGGAUGGCAGCCACUGGCGCAAUUUGUCUGGUUGCCCCCGUAAUUUUCUAUUACGAACGUGAGUGCCAGAUGUUUGAAAUGCAACAACAGUUCAUGGAGGCCCAGCAAGCCGCAGCACAGGCGCAGCAGCUGCAGCACAUGGCAGCAGGAGCAUGA